CAACCACAACGACUUCAGUGUGAUUCGGAACAUUGGACAAUAAGCAGUUAACAAUUUUCAGUGACAGAAAUUUUACAAUUGAAACCUUUAAAAAAAAUGACUGGCCGCAUUGUAGUGAUAUUAAUUGGAUUGAGUGUUUGGAUUUAUGGAACAAAUGCUUUGGAAUUCACAGACUGUGGAUCGAAGGUCGGUAAAUUUACGAAAGUCCAAGUUUCGGACUGUGUUACUACCAGCGCAGCAUGCAUACUGAAGAAAAACUCCAAUGCCACCAUUUCGAUCGACUUCGAAUUGAGCACUAUUGAACAAUGUACGAAAGUAACAGCAGUUGUCCAUGGCGUCGUGAUGGGUAUCGAGAUGCCGUUUAAUCUACCAAAUUCGGAUGGUUGCUCAAACAGCGGCAUUACAUGUCCGAUUCAAAAGGGCUCCAACUACGAAUACUCGACAACAUUACCAGUUCUGAAACAGUAUCCCAAGGUAAAAGUCGAUGUGAAAUGGGAACUGAUCGAUGAGAAUAAGGACGUGAUUGUCUGUGUAAUGAUACCAGCAAAGAUUCAGUAGAUAAGUUGGAACGUUAAAAAAAUUGUUUUGUAAUAACUAGAUGCUCAGAAAAUUGAAUUAAAAGUAACCAAAGAUCUUAAUGGCAACCAA